GCUUUGUUGUACAACUUCAGAUAACUUCCAGCCGUAUUUUCUUCGUGGAUGCAUUCAAGGCAACAGCAGUCACAAGCUACUGACUAGGUAGGUUGUAGGUAGGAGGGAACGAUCGUCGUCUAAGGCCCGGUUUAGACGCCGAUCUUUUCGUGAGCCGAACCUAAUACAUUGAAUUAAGUACAUGAAAAGUUCGGCGUAUGAAUCAAUUAGGAAGGCCUGUUUCAAUUUGGAACGGCUCAGCCGAACUUAAUGCAUGAAUUAUAAUAACGUAUUUUGCAAGCAGUUUGAUCAAAAUGAGCAUAUUUCUCCUUCUGAAUUUAGUUCGGCUGGAAUUAAGAUCGGCGUCUGAAUCAAUUCAGGCGGUCUUAAUAGUUUGGGUCGGCCUAAGUUCGAAUUAGGUUCCCUCUCAAGAAAGGUUCGGCGUCUGAACCGGGCCUUUGUACUUUAUUGUAGUUGAAAAAUCAACCGUCAAAUAAUUCGGAUAAUUGAAAGCAAGAGCACUCACUCUUCGUGGAUUUUUAGAAAGCUAGUACAGUUUUCAGAAACCGGGACUCUGAUUUGCCCUGACUUCCGGCUACAGUGGACGACUUUGCUAUGCUCAUUUUAAUAGGGAAAACCAAAUCUUUGAAAUGUCAUUUGAUUUGUUUUUGGAUUUCAAAGAACCCCACAGUCUCCUCUCCUCUUAAAUAUGAUAGCUUAAAGCGAAAAAGUCGACAUUUUCUUCUUGCAUGUAUUUGCGGGUUCGGUACUAAUCGUCGCGCAGAAAAAAGCGCGAUUUGAGAAUGGUCACGUGAUACUCAAGGGACGACUCGAUUUCAUAAUGUCGAUCUUUCGGAGGUAGUUCGUUGAGAAGUUGUGGACUGUUAGCCUAUCCCCUCGCGCCGUGCAUGUGGACCAACAGUAGAUUGGCAAAUAGUUGGUUAUUUUACAAAUGUUCAGUUAUCUUCUGAUGAUGGAAAGUCCCGAAAAUCAUGCCGCCAAAUUCAAAUGUGAGUAAACAUGUCAUUCGGGAUUUUUAACUGACCUUUGCUGUUCUUGUAGUAAAAGCUUAUUAAUUCUUUUUUAUGUAUACAAAGCGAAUGUUUUGAAGCUUCGUGCAGACUUCCUUAAGCUUACCUUUAUUGUUGUAUUUUUUGCCUGUGGGGAUGUUGAAGUUUUGAAUUGAUCUGUUAAAAGUAACCCAAAUGAACCUAGGAGUCAUUAUUUUCAUAAGAAGGAAGAUAAUGAUUUGUGUGGGUGAGUGUUAAGUCUUGAAUAGCACUGUUCUUAACAGUGACAGACAUUUUGACAACCUGUACAGUUGUACGUAGUCAUCUUCAGAAUAGAAUUUUAGUUUUGUAGCAUUUAAAUCAUGUACAAAACAGUGUAAACUUAACAUGAUUGUUUGACCAAUCUGUAAUUCUUAUAGCUGCUUAUAGAUACAAGUAAUAAUUUUAAAAGAAAAUAUUAGAAAACUGCUCUACCAGCAAAUAGCAGGGCUAAUCUAGGCUGGUAGAGCAAAACAGAUAGUUUUAAUACACUCACUGAAAAUCGAAACAGAUUACUAAGAAAUUAGGGAAAAAGAAAAAAGGAAAUAAAAUAAUAAUGAUUAUUAUUACAACAAACUUUGUGAACGAACUAAGUAGAAAUUUGAUUUAACACCAAAUACAAUUCAAUUCGUAUAAUUGUCUACAAUUUGAUGAUGGGAUAGUAAAAAAAGAAAAGGAGAAAAUCCAUCUGAGAAAAUUCAUUUGAACAAAAGAAAAACAAACCCAGAUUAAAAUUUACAGGUUAAGCCUGGAUUAAAGUGUUAAUCGGCCUUUUGAUAUAUAGUUGUAUAUAAUGUUGGUGUAAUUGAUGUCUACAUGUAUAUAAAUGUAUUUUAAUUGUACUAUUUCUAUUUUUAUUACAUUUUAUUCAGUAUUUUCUCUUUCAGAGAUUUUUAGCAGAAAUGCUACUCUUAAAUCCAAAUUAAAUUCUUGGUUUUCACGUGACGUCACAAAAAUUCAAACUAAGAAACUAUCGCUUCUUCUGAGUUUCUACUUUCAUGUGCUUUUAGAGCACCUUUAAACCUUUAUACAAACAAAUUUUUGGUUCAAAAUGGUUCUUUGUUUUACGAUACAGGAUGCUUGAAUUUCCAGCUUUUUAUGUGACACAGCAUUGAGCUGGCAGCUUGGAAAGCUCUUAUGUGGGUUAAAAACAUUAUGGAUUUUGGGAGAUUUUGCUAUCUACACUGUAAGCAUUCCUUGUCUCAGAAUACAUUUUUGUGUGAAUAUAACUUUAAUCUUUAUGAGUUCCUCAAGUGGAAAAUCUAUGCAUUAGUAGGAAAACUCAAAAACAGAUGUUUCUGUUGGUUUCUGGCAGCCAUAUUUUUGCCCCUGAAAGGGACACAAGCAUGGCAUCUCCAUAGAAAGCUUUUUAAAUUUGGGUAAAAUGUUUUUCUGUCUAUCUCCCUUAUGAAAUAUUGCACAGACCUGAUUCUUGGCAAGGCUUUUUAUACAUUUAUCUUCUUUCAUUUCCCAGAUUCUAGACUGUCUGUAUUGAAAGGUUUCCAUUUUUAUUUUUGAUGGCAUGUUAGUGAAAACCACCAAUAAAGAUAUGAUUGAUUGAUUUGAUUGAUUUGACAACUGGUCCUUGGGAGGUAAUUAAAGUGGCCAUAAAGUAUUUGCCUAGCUUGCAAAGUCAAUCAGUGCAUGGAUGUAUACUCUAUUUUUUUAAUUUUCUUUCAGGGAAAAAACAUUUCCUUCCACAUUACUGCUGACUGCGAGUUACUGUAUAAUGACCCAACCAGGUGCAGGUGCCAGAGCAAAGAGAUUUAAAUGUAACUCUUUUUCCAGAACUGUCACUCUGAUAAAGACUAAUGAUGAGCACACUUCAUUCAGUGACAUGCGAAACCUUAAAACUAAAUCUGUUAUUGAGUUUUCAUCCAGUAUGACUCAAGACAAUGUGAGGGACAAAAUUCAAGAGACUUUUCCAUAUUUAGAAAAUAAGAGGUAAGUGAAUCUGGUCAUUACACUAAGAGUUACAUGGCUAAUGAAAAUGAAAAAAAAAAACUAUAGUACUUAACUGUAAAUAUUUUGCUUGUUGAGUCAUGUAUAACUCAUAAAAUGAAUAGUUUCAGAAAAUAUCUUCCCCCCCCGCCCCCAUGAUGGAGGGCAUUGGAAAUUCCAAGGGGAGGGGGAGUCCAAAAGGAGGCAGUUUCCAAGGGGGUGGGAGGUUGCUUACAGUGCUUUUUUUUACAGCUUCUCUGUUGAGCAAGCUUUCAGUUAUUUUACUAGGUCAGUGUUUCAAAGCAAGUGUUACUGUUUGCAUUGAUUAUCUUUUAUGUAUGAGAGGCCAAAUGCUUUUUUCAUAUGGCUUGUAAACAUGAUAGUUUUCUUAAUACUAUUGUCAUCAGCUCAUGAAUAUAAACUUCUGGUUAUCUAGCUGUUGCUUUAUUAUGCAGUGAUUCACAAUUUGGUCGUGUUCUAAGCCUUCGUGAAACAUGUUCAAACUAAAAUAAAGUAAUGAAAGUUCACAUGCUGUUCUUUUGCAGAUGAUUUGUGUAGUCAGUAUAUAGUGUUUACAAGGUAUUGCUUCUAUGGUUAAUUGUUAGCUAACAACGUCUUGAAAUUAUUAGGCACACAUAUUAACAUGAAUGAAAAGAUUUUUUCUCAUUUCAUUGGGAAAAAAAAUAUCUUUUGCAUAAAUAAUAUAGUGCAACAACAUUUUUUGGUGAAUCACAAAAUAAAUUCUUUCUAGGGGGUAACCAACCAAUGCAAAAUGAAAAACCAGGGAAAAUUCCAAGAGGUGGAGGGGGGGGGGGGUAUGACAAGUACCCCCUGAAAUGGAAAAUCCAGGGGAUGGGGUCCAAAGGGUAUGAAUAUUUUCUGGAACUACACAAUAAUUUAUCUUAUUUCUGAUUCUUAUCUACAAAAAUAAUGAAAAAAAAUGUAUUUUUUCUAAUUUUCAUGAGCCUGACUUACGCCUUAUAUCCAUGUGUUUAGCCUUUUUUGCAAAGUUUUGCUGAAUUAAUGAGAGACCAUCCACUUUUUAUUGCUGUCGAUUUAAAAUGUCCAGACUGAAUAUGAAAACACAUACUUGCCUCUUCUUUUUGCACCCCUACCUCCAUGUUUUACUUACCCCUUCCCCUUACUUCCUUGUCUUGCUUAUCAUCCCUCCCUUUCAAAUGGACUCCCUUAAUUUGCAAUUAAUGGUAUACCUGUAGUAGGAAGCGGCAGCUCUCUGAUUUCGUCAAGGAUGUUUGAAUUCAGUCUCAAACUGGUUGCCUGAGUGUUUUAUAAAAACUUCCUAAUCAAAAUUCAUUUGCAAUAUGAAGUUUUUCAAUCAAAUUUUUUUCUCAUUAACAGACAAAUAAAAGCUUAAACAAACUAAAAACUGCAGCAACAACAAACUUCUUCCCCAAAUUUUUUAGGGUGUGACAACUGCAUGUCCACCUAUGUUCACGAGAUCAUGGACUCAGGGUACUUCGGCCUAGGAUCACAAAGUGAACUAGGCCUUGGGGCUAGGUGAAAACGAGGCUACUUCAUGUACUUCAUGUAACAUAUACUAGGUAGUCAAAUUAUUACCAAAUUAUUGUUUGUUGGGAUUUGCUAUUACUCUCAAAAAUUUCUCAAAUUUUUUUUGACAGGGCUACUCACUGUAUAUUAAAUCAAUACUAACCUUUUGUAUAAUAUGUCUUCUCAUUUGUCUAGCUUUUUGUGUGCAGUUUCAAAGAAAGUUAAUAACGAGCGUAAGGAAUUUGACUUUGGUGGAUCUCAUAUCUGGGAUGGAAAGACAAUAAGGGAGAAGAUAAAUGGAAAUUCAAACCUGUAUAUUUUGGAAGAUCAAGUAAGGCUAUGAAUUUCAUUGCUCUAACUUUUAAGUAAACCAUGUGUUGGUAAGAAUAGACCAAUUUCGAUAUAUUAAGCUCAUACUUCGCUACGAGAGUUGGGGGAAUAAAAACGACAGAAAAGUAUCAUUCAUGGCUGAACCUCAAGAUUUAAUUCUUUUGUGUUGUUACCCACAGGCCUCGUAGACAAUAAUAAAAAGAAACUGGUCUACAGGUGACCAUAGAGAUGUGAGGAGGUGGAGCCCUGUGAUGCAGACUUGAUGGUCAUAUUAUUGUCCAAUCAGUUUGUCCUCUGGCAAUUCAAACAUAUAAAAUAAAAUGGCCGGGAACCAGGCUCCGCAGUGGUGGAAUUAGGGGAACUACAGGGUGAAACAGCCAAAAAAAUGGGCGAGCAGAUUAAGCGAGCCAAGCAGUGAACUUGGACGGGGAAAAGGGAGGUCACCCUUUUUUAAUGGGUUAUUCCAGAAAAAAUCCACACCCCCACGACGGAAGGCAUGCUGGAAAAUCUCACGGGAGGGGGGUUAACGGCUCUGGAAAUCCAGACGGGAGGGGGGCUCAGAACCUAAAGAUACAAUCUCAGGGUGUCCAGCGGCAUGGUUGCUCAAAAACAUAGGAAAAUAGGAAACUCAGGAUAGAGAAAAUAGGAAAAAUAGGAAACUUUGCAUUAAAACAUAGGAGAAAAAUAGGAAAAUCAAAAGUACUUUUGUCGACAAAAGUAGCUUCCCUGCACCCCAUAAGGGUUAUAAUAAAGGCUAGAGUCCUCAGAUUCUAUGUUCACAGCAUUUAGAUCAACUUUCGCGGCUAAGAAGGAGUGAAAAUGAUCAGUAACGUUUAGUUUAUUGGCUCAGUUACGCUGUAUUAAAUCAGAAUGAUGUGAUUGACUACAGGUCAGGCGUGGUUCUAUAAUCAAAGGUGAUCAUAUGGAAAUUCCCUUCAAGUUGAUGGCAAUUCUUUCAAAAGCUUUGAAGAGUGAAAUUUCUUAGGAUAGAAAUUUCUUACAAUUGAGUUGUCAUUGAAGGAUAUAGAAAAAAGUCCUAUGGAAAGCUUUCCUUCCAUUAAUCUGCAAUCGGUGACUGGUUGAGAAUAUGCUUGUUUGAGUCAAAAGACCGCAUAAUUUUAAGUAUGGAAUCGGGCUCUGUGCAAAAUGACAUUGAUCUGUUUGGUACCAGAUUGUAAGUGUGCCAUGGUUAAGUUCUAAGAAGGACAAACACUCUGCUUAGCUAUGAGUGCAAAACCGAUUUUGCAACCAAAAUAUUGGAUCCAUCACCAGUUGCUUAGGUAUAGCUGUUAACAAGGGCUCACCAAGAGAGCUAAUGCCGUAAACUAAACUUUAGUCUGUUCUUUUCAUGUAGCAUCCAGAAUCAGCUAGUGAUUGGUUUUUUAAACAAGAAGCUGAUUGGGUGAUUUAUCUGGCCUGUGUUGUGAGAGGACAACUUGAUCCUGCUUUCAGUUUCAAAGAUGAACAUAAAAGCAAGCAAGACUUCAAAAUAAAAUAUAACAUGUACAGAUACUAAAAUGCAGUUUCAGUGGGCUAUGCAAAAUAUUUAACAAUUACUCCCUGAGCCCGAAUGGACUCUUGAGUCAAUAACGGCCAAAUGGGCUAUUGACUCAGAGGCCAUGAGGGCAAGAGGAAUAAUUGUUUUAGUAAAAUCCAACUAGUUGGUCAAAAAUAUCGAGAAUAACAAAAUUUUACCUAGUUAAAGCUAUACUUUAAUCCUUUUUUGCCACCAAAAAGCCCGCACUUUUCGCUACUAAUGGGCUAUAACAUAUAGCCUAGUAGUAGCUCAACCAAUCAGAACGCAGCAUUGAUAAUAGACCACUAGUUGGAUUUUACUAAUAUUCAAUAGUCAUGAGGACUAUAACACUUCAUACAAUACAUGCAGGUGCACGAGAAAAUUAUACAAAAAGUAACAAAAAAAAUGUUAACAGAACCCUAUAGGCAAUAGAGGUCAUGGAAAGAACAAACGUAACUGUCAUUUUUACUAAUAUUAGAAAAUCAAAGUCAACAUGCUUCUUGCUUUAUGAUAAAUUUCACUCAAAAACACAUACAACUAUAAUUCCAUUUUCAAUUUUGUUACAAAUUUUGGCUUCACCAGCUAAAAAAAUAGAAAAAAUAGGAGGUUUUAGUUUCAAAAUAGGAACAGCCUCAAAAAAUAGGAACUGGACACCCUGAUACAUCCUCGGGGGUAACUUUAUCGAUUUCAUCGAUGUUUCAAUCGCUUCAGUCGAUAAGUUUUCAAAACAUUGCUUUGCCUUUUCAAAUUUUAUUAUUCUUUCAAACUGCAGACCUCUUACCACAUUUAUUUUAAGUCUCCAUCCAUAGGCUCGCCCUCGUUACUUUUGGAGAAGCAACGUGCGAUAACUUAAAGAUAUCGAGAAAAAUCGCAUAAUUGAUAAAAAAAAGCGCUCAAUUCAAGGAACGCAAACAAUGAUUUUACCUUGAAUUAAACAUUUUUCCAAGAUCAAUGCUAUUUCGGGGUGAUUUACCACUAAAAACGCCUUACAAGUAAGCGUGGUUGUUCGUGAUCGCUCGGCGGCCAUUUUGAAAGGCAAGUGUUGUGGCAAGCGUAUAGCGCGUCAUGUAAUAUCCCACUAAGUGUCCCUUUUCUUUCUUUCGCAGUCAUUUUUUAUCGACGAAGAAGAGAACCAUUUAUUCGAGAACAUAGUCAGUUUUGAGCUUGAUGGUAGUAUAUAUUGCUGUAUAUUUUGCCUUUUCUAGAAAAAAAGAGAGGUGCACUCAAAUAUGGGCUUAUUUGCCAAAAGUCUAAGCCUGUUCAAGAAGAUGUGAAAAUGGAAUCUUAACUUUCACAACAAACACUGAAUUCAGGGAAAAUUGAGACUUAUUUAAUGAAAAGAUCAUCUAAUUGCUUAAAAGGAUUCUUCUACAUUGAGGAUAAGAUAAAAUUACGGUGUCGAACAAUUUUAUGAAAAUCCAGAUGGGUGAAGGGGUCUUUGAAGAAGCAGUUUUAGAAAUCCAGGUGGGAGGAGGAGGGGGGGGUCAAAAAAACGUGCCUUCCGUCAUGGCGCUGUGGAUUUUUUCUAGAAUAACCCAAUACUUAAGUGGAGGUUUAAGAUGGCUUGAAGGGAUUUCCUCUAUCUGCUGUCUAGACUAAUGAGCAUGGCAUAGAUCUAAUUCUUAUUGCACCUUCAAAGGUAUUUUCUGCACUUGACCCCUUACUGAAAUCUUCAUCUUGAGCAAUAUGUUUAUGUUUUUGAAAAGGACUGUUGUUUGCUUUCCAUUUUCCGUGUAGGAAAGCGUCUUCUUUUGCAUUAUAUUGAUCUUCUAUGGUCUAAAAUUGUUGAACACUUGCUAAACAGUCACCAGAAAAAGACCACUAUUUAUGGACUGAUGGGAGAUGAUUCUGUAUGUUCAUGUAUUUUGACAUAAUUUGUGGAUUAUUAGCCUUUAAAUUGCCUUUAAAAAUCGCUAUUCUCCAUCAGGCAAGUUUUGGCAAACAGGAUCCCACAGGAACAGGCUCAAAGCGGUUUACACUGAAACGCUCCCAUGAUCAGAUGACCACAAUGAAUACCGAAAGCAGGAUUGAAACAGCUGGUCAUUCUGUAGGUAAGGUCACAGGCGACUAGUGCAAAUGUAGUAAAUUUAAUUAAUUCAAAUUCCGUUUGUCUUAAUUAAACUUUCAUGCAAUGUACGCAGAUAAGCAGUCGACAUGAGGAUAAAAGUGCUAAGUUUGAAAUUAACUUUCAAAACGGCGUCGGGGAUUACUCUACUAAAGUUCACGACGUAAAAAUGAAGUUAAGUAACGUUCGAGAAAAGGCAAUUUUAUAAAGAAACUUUCUCUCUGUCACUUCUUAAAAGGUGUAAGUCCUCCGCACAUUGUUUAGAAAAAAAAGGAUGUUAUUGAAUUUAUUUAGUAUUCAGUAGAUGGCUCAUGAAUUAACGUGAUAUUCUGCUUUCUUUUUGUCCAAAACACAGGUAUAACAAUAGCCCAAGAAAGCCUUGUUGCCCAGUCAGGGAUACCUCAAAACAUCAUUUCGACCUGGUCCGGUAUUAGGUCAAAAUCGUGGGACCCUGCACUGCAAACUGCAGGUCAAAACGAUGGUAGUGAAAAGAUUGCUCGUAAGUCUUCUUGUCCACCAAAACGGAAUUCUUUUAUGAAUGCAGCGGGGAACUGGGCCAAACAAUUUAUCAACAAGGCUAUCAAAGGACGUGACGAAGAUGUAGGAACAUCAGGAUCAGACCAUGAGGUGAGUUUCUAAAGUCUCAUACCUUACUACCGAUAAUAAUUACCGUUCGGUAAAUGAUUGAUUAAGCACCUACUCGAAUAAGCGCCGCUCUCGAGUAAGCGCCAUGGUGCUAAUCUGGGUAUUUACAAAUUAACACCCCACAUUUGUUACGGCGGUUGGUAUCACUUGAGAAAUAAGACCUCGACCAACUCGUGAGUUCUUAAGUUUUAAUGUAGGGAAACUCUUGAAACCGGGUUCAUGUGAUAGUUCGAGGUGUAAGAAUUCUGUGGUUGAGACUGUGAUAACAGACUUAAGUAAAGCUUUUGAUUUGAUACCACACAACUUAUUACUUGCGAAGUGCCAUUCAUUCAUUGCGCCAUGACUAAAAUGUGCAUACCAAGUGCGCACCUGACUUGUUAAAUUCUCUCUGUGUUACCCUCGGUGUUUUACCAGUAGUUGAAAUAAGCGCCACACCUAUAACAGGGAAAAUAAAAUAGGCGCUGCGGUGGUUAAUCGAUCAUUUACGGUAUGGUGUUGAUUAAAUGUUUUGGAGUUUCCCUACAUCUAGGGGGAUAAGUCUUUUUAUACAAACCCUUUUCCUUAAACAAAGAAUGUUACCGGCACAUUUGCAGUUCCCCCUCCCGUCCGAAGAUUUCACAUCCCCUGCCAGCUGAGUUUUCGUUUUCUUGAAGUUGAUGUAAGCGUUUCUUCAUGGCGUUUUAGAUCUUGAUACCAAGUACUGAGUAAAGUAAAAGCCCACAUCUAAGAACCUAGAAUUUUCGAGGUCAGGCUUAAACUGAUUCUUCUAUUAUGGGGUAGUCUUUUCACAGUUCAGGCUGACAAGGUACUUAAUUAUAGGUUCUUAUUUUUCCGAGGUUUUCGUGGUGUAACCAUUUGGCACAAAAAUGUGCUACUUUUGUGCACAAUUGUUUAUGGAAAACAGAUUUGUAGUGGAAAACCAAACAAACGUAAAUCGAAGAAAACAUUAUACACAACCACUUUUUGUCAGAAGUUUUAAUUUUCACAAAAUUAAAAUGAACAUCAAAAUUGGAGUGUUUUUUUUUUAGUUAAACUCAUCACCAAUAGAUGAGCUUGGGCGUUGGUACCUACAAAGUUGGUGGAGCUGGCCAAUGCUCUAGCAUGAGGAGGAGGUAUCCAUGGCAACCCUGCGAGCGGCCCCCACCAGGCACCGUCACACUGAACAAUUACCGACCAAUACUUACCUGGCCCAUACCUCAAGAGGGAGGGAGGGAUGGGAAAAAACCAAAGCACAAACUGGCACGCAAACAGCAAGCUAUUGCAACAACACUUUGCGAAGAACUGCAAGCAAGCAACUGCCUAGAGGCAUCGGGCCACCCCUGAUAUAGCUGAGGAAACUGCUGACCAGCAUUGCUUCGAGGUUAACUUUGCCUAAAUUACAUUUAGCCACAUUAUAAGAACCUAUUUUUAUUUGCCAGGCUGAACAGGUUCUUGUAUUUUUUGGUAUUUAAAUGCCAAAUUUCAUCUUCAAUUGAAGGUUCUUAAAUCACUAGGUUCUGAUUCGUGGGCUUUUACUGUAGUUGUAGAUACCAAAAAUAUGUAAUUGGACAGGAAUGCAGGUAUAAAUCUGAUACAGCUGUACAUUAGUUCGGGCAACAACUAUCGAAUUCAAUCUUCAAAUCGUUUAAAAAGGGGUAAGUGAUCAGUUUAUUUUAAUUGAAAAAAGAUCUGUAAACUGAUUAUUUGAAAAUUGAAUUUGUUAGUUGUAUAAAAAAUAGUAUGUUGGGGUAAGCCUAAAUUCUUGGAUCUUAGAUGUCUUUAAAAUAAGAAUGCUAUACACGUUUGACCACGUUGGACACUACAAGUCAUUUUGCCUCUAAUCGAGGUCUACAGUGACAUUAUUUUAUAUAGUGCUUCCUUUGUAUCUAAAUAAUCAAAAUCUAGUUUGUUACACGUACAUAAAUUUGUGACUGUGUACGUGCGAGUGAAAUAAAAUUUUCAGAUUGAAAAUGCUCAUUUAGACGAGACUUGAGUAGGAAAGUCUCGUACGUAACAAAGUCUUUUGUUCAAAGCAAUGUUUGUUUGUUUAUAAUUAUUGACUUUUCAGUCACAGUUAUCAGACUCGGUUGUAGACAGGGGUAUGGACUCAGGAAUUGAAGCAAGUGAUGGCCUUCGCGUUGAUGAUAGUAAGUUAAGAGUUCAGUCAAUACUCGUACAAAAAACCCGGCAUUUUUCACUGUAAAACUAGAGUACCCAUUUCUAGUAGAAGUAGAAAACGACAACGAGUAUACUGAUCGACAAGUAUUGAAAUAGGAACCUCACAAUUUUUUUUUAUUGUUUUUUUUUUUGGCUGCCUUCGAAACUGGUUUUAUGUAAAUUUUGUAAAAUGCCUUUCUUUACGCAAGCUGAAUUCACGCCUGUUUGUUUCUUUUUUCCUUUUUUUUUUUUUGCUUAUAUAGAUUCUUCAGCAAUUGAUCUUGAACCAGUUUCUACGGCUUUACCCGCUCCAAGUGACCUUUCAAACGAUCCGUGGUUAGACAUUCGCGAUACUGCAAGUAAACAGGAUUUGCCUUUAGAGGUCAACCCCACUACUUCUUCUCAGGUAAAUCAGUAAUUAAAAGUAGUUAAAAAAUUUUCUAAUAGUACGCCAUUCAUAAAACUAAGGGCCUGUUUACAUGGUGGUGGGGGACCCCAGGUAGGUGAGGUAGCCCGCCCGUCCAUAUAAUCUCUCAUUUUAAUAAUUUGAUUACGUUUACAUGAUCGGUGGGGUGGUCCUUUGAGAGUUUAUUCUUGGUUUGCACGUGACAUCACCAAAAAUUAACUUAGGCACUAUCGAUUUCUUCUGAGUUUCUACUUUCACGAGGUAUUGCAGCACCUAAACACCUUUAUAUAAACAAAUUUUUGGUUCGAAAGGGUUCUUAGUUUUGCGAGAGAGGACGCUUAAAUUUCCAGGCUUUUGCUUGACGCGGCAUUUAGCUGACGGCUAAGAAAGCUCUUAUGUGGGUUAAAAACAUUACCGAUUUUGGAGAUUUUUCUAUCUAAACAUUCCUUGUCUCAGAAUAAAUAUUACUUUAAUCUUUAUGAGUUCCUCGAGCAAAGAAUUCACGUCUAGAAAACAGAUGUUUCUGUUAGUUUCUGGCGGCCGCACAUGGCGUUUCCAUACAAAGCUUUAUAAAUUUAGUUAAAACGUUUUUCCAAAUAAAUUGCAUUUAAAAUAUUGUACAGACCUGAUUCUUGGCAAGGCUUUUUGUAUAUUUAUCUUCUUUCAUUUCCCAGAUUCCAGACUUUCUGUAUUAAAUGGUUUGCAUUUUUAUUUUUCAUGGCAUGACAGUGCAAACCGAGGAUAUGGACACGCUGGUAAUAUUACCUCACUUGCCUAGGGUCACCCACCUGCAUGUAAACAGGCCCUAAGUUAAUAACUAUGAGAAGCAGAACUGAAGUGCAGUAACUCCCUUCUUGAGUAGGCGUUUUUUUCUCCAGUUCCAGCAAUUUCCAUCGCUUAGUCCUCUUCGGCUUACAAAACGUAAUAUUUUCGAAACACUACCACUCCUCAACUGAGGGCAAGCUCGCUCACCAAAUUCUGAAUUGUGAAUUUCUAUUUUCACUAGAUAUUUGACACAGGCAUGCAGAUCUCAGCCAGAAAAGAAACAAGUUCCUGUGGAACAGCCGAUGAUAUACCUGCUUUGUUGUCGGAUCUUUUUGGAAGUACAUUAAUGUUUUUAAUACUUUUAUAUUAAUCUAUUUACAUAAACUACAAAAGAAAGCUCUACAGGGUGUACCAAAAGUUCGUUCUUCUACUUUAUAAGUCUGUUUACGCAGUACGAUUGGACUUGAUCAGCAAAUGAAUUAAACAAAAGUAGUGACUUUCAAUCUAAUUUAAUAUUUCAUACUUCUUGCGCCAUCUUUUGGUCCGAAUAUUCGAUUUCUGUAAUUUCUCUCCAAAGGUGCGCUGCGCGAGUAAAUUUUCCCACCAUAUAUUUUUUGUAUUUUGUAGCCCGAAAUGGUCGAACUCCUUCCUUGUUUUUUGUGAAUAUCAUGAAAGAUAAACCCUCUAAAAGAAAAAACGCUCAGCUAGGUGAGAGUAGAAGCAUGUAUUUCUAUCUACUGUCUUAUCAGUUAAAGAAAUUCCUCCAAAUAUGGAAAAAUCCGAAUGUUGGGUGGUAAGAGAGAUCAAGGUUUUAACGACAAGAAACGAGGGGGAAGACCGAAAGUCCUGAAUAAAGCCCCUAUUAAUUGUUUUCAGUCUAGAGCAGGUUCAUGAAAAGCCAAAUUUGGAGACCCCUGAGAUGGCAAAAAAGCCUCUACUCCGCCCGCCAAGCAACGUUCAGCUCACCUCAAAUUUGUUUAGAAGUACAAAAGCCUUACUAAGGGGUUGGGAUGAUUAUAUUUUCCUGGAUCAAUGCCCAAAAUAUAUUGUUUCAGCUACCUAAUCUAAAAAAUUAUAUUGUUUGGGGGUCUAAGUGGUUCCUGCAUACUAGGUGAUAAAAAGGUGAAAAUGAGUCAACUUCUGAAUACAAGUACUCGAUAGUGUCAGUAAAAUUAAAGUUUUGAUCAAAAGUUUUAGCUCAUGGAAUUAGAGGAACGAACUUUUGGGACACCCUGUAUUCUCCUAUAACUGAUUUGAUUCACUGAUUCAAAUCUUAAGAAGGUUUAAGAAAUAUACGUUUUAGUAUACAUGUACUUGGUCAGGCAGUUCCAACAGAGGCUUUCAGAGAACAGAGUAGGCAUUAAUUUUUGUUUGUUUGUUUUUAUAUAUUCUUCUUUACACUUCGCUACGAUAUUUUCUCAGAACCAAUGCUGCGGUGUUUACUAACCUGAGUUUUUUUGUUUGUUUUUGUUUUUAUAUGUAGAGAUUCAAGGCAUCUGUCCUUCAUUUGGAUCUGUAAAGGUGAUUCCCGUCCGUCAUAUAUAUAUUUUACCGUCAGCCUUAGCAAAAAAUUAAGCAUGCCUCCUGCGUGGUAUCAUAAAAAGUAAGUAGCAACCAAUCGUCAGUAAAUUGUCGCCCAUGUAUGUGGAGAUUAAAAUGUGGCGAGUGCUUGAAUGUGUAACCUUGCUCUUGCGGUUCAGUUUUAUUCCUGGUUUAAUAAAAUGUUGAAACCUUCCUUUGUCCUCUUGUUAACUUUUUCAUCAAAUUCAAAUUCCUUGCAUUUUUUGUUUAGUCUUUAUCACGUAUAGUAUAUUGCCACAGUCUAUUUUCAAUGCCAAAAACAAAUAUUUGUUGCAGGGUGGAUUCCAGUUCAAUAUAUCCUUGACUGAGGCGUUACCAGACGAAGUUAGUAAGGGAGUAGCACAUUUUGAAGGGGUGUCUGUUACAGUAGACAAGUUAAACCCCUUCACCCUGUCUGGAAUUGUCCCUGGUAAGUAACAUUAAAAACGUACUAAUUACAACAAAAGAAGUCGAGGAAAGGUCUGGACCCCAGCUUUAGAAUCCAGUUACCUGCCUAUGAAUUCAUAACGUACAGCGUCUCUGCCCUUUGGCAGCCCAGUAAUUGCAUGUAUUAUUUUUUCUUAUGUUAUUAUUUGUAAAAGCCUCGGAAUUUAUUAUAUGUGCAGAGGUUGUAAAACAGGGCCUACAAUUUAUCUUCCUUGUCCGAAAAGACUAAAAAGUCUAACUGUUUGCAGAUGUCAUUACAAAGACAGCAAUUCUCCUCAAUGAACACUGAAGUCCUUUAUUUGUGGGGGCUGCAAUAAGAAUUAAGUUAAGCAUGGUGCAUGGCAUAAGUGUGUACUCAAGUGUCUCAGUGUCAUUUGAUAUUUUUAAGACUAUGCCUUUUUUGCAUUCAGGUUCUCAAGCGCCUGGCGAGGUAACAGUUACUGUCAUCACAGAUUCUGGUCGAGACCUCGGAUUUACAUUUUUUAAAUACGUAGACGAUAUGGAAGACUUGCUCAAACAGCUAGUGAAAGAUCGUUUUCUCCAAGCCAGGUAUUUUGCCAUGUUGUCGACAGAGUUUGCCUUUGGGAACGUUACAAGUAGCAGCAACAUUUCACAAGUCCAAGGACUAGAAAAUGUGCCCGACCAUGGUAAGACAGCCAGAUAGUCUUCUAGUGUACUUGAAGUACCUUGCGGAUCAGCAAUAAUAAUAAUUGUUUUACAAUUUUUUCAAAAUAUCUCCAAGUUCUUAACAAUUUUAUCUCCUGUUAGACUCCCCUCCCCCCCGGACUCCUUCACUAAUCAUAUUAUGAUAAUUUUCUUUAACGUUUUUUUACUAUUCCAGAUUCUUCAAAUCUAUCAAAACAACAACAAUCAGUUGAAUUUCUUCAACUGAUGGUUUACAAAGCAGCGCAGACAAAUGCUCAAGAAUUUAUGGAAAUGGUCUUCAGUACUUCGGCUGGACAGGUUGUCUUUAACUCCUACAAGGACAGAACACCAUUGCCUGAAGAUAUUGCUCGAGCAAAUGGCCAUGACGAAUUAGCUCAGUACUUGCAAGAUGUAUACACCAGGUAAUGUGUAAAAUUUCAUGUGGGUAUCCAAGCGGUCACUUUAUUAUUUCACUGUCACCCUCGUGUAUCGAGGCUUGUCUAAGAAAUUGGAACAACAGAGAAUAACAUUUUGCAUUCAUUUUACAUUCUUCUACUCAGCGAAACAAAUCAAAUCGUGGCAAUUUUAAGAAGCAAUUAUUAGAGAGGGGGUAAAGUAAAUUUUAAAUGUUCUAUUGUGGGGGAGGGGAUAGGGGCUCUAUCGAGGUCUUUGGCCUCAAAUUUCCUAAUUUGCAGUUGGCUAUUGGUGAACUAAACGAAACUAAACUACUAAUAUUUUUCAACUGUUCAUUGUUUGUGAAAAAAUACUUGCUUAAGAUGUGAGCCACGUUUUAACGUUUCUGUGAAUUGUACAUGUACUUACAGGUUGUCCCAAGAUAAACAUUUUUGCUCCAGGGCAAUUGACUGGUCAGAACUUGUAGAAGCAGUGCAAAAACAAUCUUGUAAGUAAAACUUUACAACAUUCUCCUUCUUGUUCAAAUUCAUUGUUUCUAUGCUUAUUGAUACUUUAUUUUUCCUUUUUUGUCUGUUUCCUUUAAUUCUCGUUCACAAACUACAAAUCUUACACCACUAGCUCAAAGGGUUUCAGUUACAACGUUAGAGUUUUACUUAGCCUGAGAAUAGCAGCCGAAAUUUCGCGACGCCUUCACUGGUUUCACCACGAAACGACGUGUGAGAAACGGGUGCAGAAAUUCCGUACUGAUUACGUUUCACUACCCAGAUUAGUGUAGUGGUUCUGAUUCGUUGAAGCAAAUUGUCAGCCAACCUGAAGCAUCAGUAUGGAAUUUCUGCACCCGUUUCCUAGACGUCAUUUCGCGGGGAAACCACUGAAGGUGUCGCGAAAUGCCGGCUGUUUUCUCAGGCUGAGUUUCACUUUACAUUCGUGUUUUAUAAAGUAUAAAAGAAAGUGAACCUAGAAUAUAGUUAACCCGUAAAGCAAACAAUCUUGGAAGGAAUAGUUGCUUUUUAGUAUUUAAAGUCUUUGCAUUAUAUUCUGCAGUGUAAAAAAUGCAGUUUCCCAGCUGUUUUAGUUAAUAGUUCUAGGCAACCAUUGCAAAAGUGCAUCGUUAAUGAUUUGUUAUUUCACUUGUCUCAAUUUUGUCUCAGCGGCAACUGAUGAGUCAAUAGCACGAGUUGACCAGUCUGAUGAAGAUGAGGCUGGCUCAAGUGAUUAUUUUGCUGAUGCUGAAACAUCUUCAUGUACAUCCUUGGACAGUGACUUAUCAUGGCCUAAAAUUUCAGAAAACAAGGGUAGGUAACCCUUCCUCCACUUUACGUGUGUAAUAACCGCAGGUCCCUCUCGCCCCCCUCCACCCAUGUCUGAUUAAAGGUGACUCCGAUGAAUUUUUAGGUGUGAUACCUCCCAAGUUUGAGCAUUAACCACUCGCCAUCAUCAAAGGUAUCUGAAAAAGGUCACUUCAGCUAUAUUACGUAAAGAUGAAAAUUAAGCAUGAUCCGUCAGAUUUUUUUUUUUUUUUUUACAUCAAUGUGGCCAUGGCAAUGUAAUGCCGCCAUUACGUAUUUCACUCGACUUUGUAGUUAAGAGGUACCUAACUAAAAUCCAUUUAAGCCACCCUAGAAAUUGAUUGUUAGUUCCCUGUGGCAUCGUGACUAUCCUGUGAGGAGCAGGCAAAAUGCUUUUAAAAAUUUACUGAAUAGGUUCAACUUUACUGAAUAAGAUAAACCCAUUCGCCCCUGAGCCACCUGUAACCGCCCGUGCGGAUCCACGUCCUUUCUACCCUUUGUGACGUCAUCAGUUUUAACAGUCAAGGACAACUUUGUCUGCUAACUUGGGCAGAGUGAAGCGUACCAGAAUGAGCACAAUUUAGUCAAGGACAGCGGAGAAAGAAGCAAAAAACCAUGUGACAUUGACCUGAAAAUCUCCAUGAAAAUCUUGUUCUAUUGCUCACCUACCUUUCCUUUCACCUAAUCCUAAGAUCCUAAAAGCUUUCCUAAGAACUCUUUCCACCAAAACGAAGCCUACUAAAUGCCCAGCAAGAGAAGAAAAAAAUGAGGCAAGAAAAGCGAAAAAAAGAGGGGAGGAGAGAAAGCGAAAAGUAAAAGUCAAUUUUGCUUUCUGCGCAUGCCCGAACUUCGCAAGCUGAAAUUUUGCAUCUGGAUCAGAAGGCCGCGAAGUGUACGACCUGUAAACCGGUUUGUGGUAAGUUUUAGCUCUUUAUAGCAGGACAGUGACCAGAAAACCACUCGACUAGCUUCAAAACGCGUUUUUCGGAAAAUUCUCCAGGAGCGAAUGGGUUAAGGAAGAUAUAACUUCUCUAGUCAUGAUCUCGCUUUUUGGUAAUUUUCAAGGAUUUAAUUUCUGUUGAACUUUUACUUUUCUAAAGAUGUUUCUGGUGCCAGGGACACUGAAAACCAUGACCCGGGUUAUGCAAAUGGUGAGUCUAAAAUUCAAGAUCUACGACAAGGUGAUAGUUGGUUAUCGACUUUGUGUGAAGUCAACGCAGCACAUGACAAUGAUUCCACUACCACUUCUUUAAAGAACACAGAGGUCGCCACUGGAACACACCUUAAAGCCCCAAUUCACGUGAGUAGUUGACGCGGGUAUUCGGAAAUGUCGGUGAUACUUAGGAUACUAUUUAAGCAAAAUUCAGUGAAGGGAAUAGUUGUUCCGUCGUAGAGCACUGGACUAUUGGACGGUUAGAAGGUUCGAAUCCCGAAACCCGAAUCAAUACUCAAAAUCCUUAAAAGUAGCUGGGAACUGAGGGUACUGCCUUUGUCCUUCAAAGGUUAAUUGACCUUUACGUGGCUGGGAUGAUCACUUAGUUUUGGGGUUCCUAGUAGAAGAUGAAAAAACACUGUUCACAAUCGUUACUCUCUUGCUAAAUUCAAUGACACUCUAAUCAAGCGGUUUUUUUAAAGAAUUUUUUUAGUAUAUUCUAAAGUACCAUUCAAAGAUAGGAACAACUAUCUCUUUUGAGACGAAUCACAUCACAAGUCAAGCAUGCUUGUUCAGCUCUUAAACAACUCCAGCUUGAUUUGGCUAGUUCCUGAUGUGCGCUCAUAAAACAAAGUGGCAGGUACAUUUUUAAUAAGUGUUGUUUUUAUUUCUCAAGCGUCAUUCAUUUUAUCAGCUGUGUCAUACAGGUAAAACGUUUAUCUACUGGAGGUUUAAGACCGUUUUAACCUUUAUAUACAUGUAACCUUCGUUCUGUUUCUCUUACACAACUUUCAAAAUUGCUGAAACGCAAUGACCGUAUUAAACCAGUGUAUCACCAUGAGGAAUUAAAAGGUUCAUCUCAGAAUCAAAGCAAGCUGACCAGUGUAUUUUAUUUUUGUUAGCAGUUGGAUCUAUUUUGUGGCAGUUCAGAGAAAGGCCAAAAAUCAGAAAGGUGUUUGGAUUCGACAGCAGGUAAGCACUGCUCGAGGGUUUGACAGUUAAAUCAUCAUCAUUAUUUAUCAUUUAUUUAUAUAACGUAGCCUCGAUUAAUGAGUUUUUGUAGAAAAUUUCAAAUACGUAUUUCUUGUAUAACGUUCAUAGAAAAAAGAAAUUUGAGCAAGCUUGAACGAAAACAUUAUAUUAAGUUGCUAAAACUCAAGGUUACGGAUAUUAACAAAAUCAUCUUUUUUUUCCUAUUAUAUUCAGGAGCUUCUUGCUUAGUAAAUAACAACUGCAUAAAAUUAUUUAGUACUGUGUAUUUAACGAAAUACAACUUAAAGAAAAUUACAAGAAAUUAGUAUAUACAUUUAGCCAAGCCUAAAAGGGAAGCUCCCUUAAAAUACUUACUUAAAAUACUUACUUUAAAGCAUUGCAAACAAAUGCAAAUUUCUUUUUUUUCUGUCAGUUAUAUGUACAAAAUCGGGCCUGUAAAUCGUAGCGUGUAAGUUAGCUUUUAAAUUAUUCAUCACAACAUUUGACAGUAAUGUUUACUCUAUAGCAUUAUUUGUUUGCAACUGACAGAGCUAGGAAAGUAAAAAAGUAAUCACUUUUCUCUCCUGAAAUAUCAUUCAUUCAAAAUCUUUCUCCGGUUCGACUGUUUGUUCCCUCAGUUAAGGUAGCGAGGUAGCGUUAACCAAAGUUAGAAAAUGUUUGCUGGUAUCCGGAAAAGGUGCAGCAGAAAGCGCGGUAAAUUAGCUGUUUUGGCAAAACUGGAGAAAAUGGUUAAAGAUUUUACACGUAAUGCGAAAAAAAAAUGCGGGCCUAAAAGUAUACUCAGAAUAGCAAAAAUACAACGUGAUUCAUGACGACUGGUACACACUGUAUUUAAAGAAAAUCUCGAAAAGAUAAACAUCCUCCCACUGCCUAAAACAAGCAGUUCUAGAGACCCCGACAUACAUCUGUUUAGCAGUUUUCCGUUUUCAUUAAGAUAAUAUAUCAUUAAGCUAUCGUAAACUAUAUCUAUCAGUUAAUGAAUGAGGCUGAGUAUCUUAUGAAAAAUUAUGGAGACAACACCCUCCGAGAUCUCCAUAAUUCUUCAUAUAAUACGAAAGCCGAAUUCAAUAACUGUUUUAUUAUUCAUUCAAAAUAAUUCCUAGUUUAAAACAUAGCUAAAACAUGCUUACCUCCAUCGAUCCAUCGAUGUUCAGUUCAUCUUCGAUAGUGUACGUUUAGGUUUGUCCUGCUCCGCAAAUAUUCUCCAAAUAGCAGUUGUCGCCCUUCGGGUUGUUUUCUUGCUGUUCUUGCCAUGUUUUUAGCUAUUUUUUCGCCUAGUUCUUACUCUUGAAACGAGUGAAAUGUCCGCCAUUUUUUCAAGUUCACACUAAAACAACUCAACCUCGUCCCCAGAUCUUCUCGGUUAACGGUGCCUUAACCUGCGAGAACGCUGCAUUUUUGACGUCAUUUACCCGUUAAAGUCAAAAUUCUUCCAAAUUUGGUCGUCAGUAACUGGUUAUGGUGAAUUAAACGUGUGCUUUUAGCCAAUCAGAAUCGGGGAAAUAUUUUGAAUGAAUAAUAAUACAACUUAAGGACACUGAAAUGUACCAGACUGCUCCAUUCUCAGACAGCAUCGCGAACAGUGCUUUUUACUCUGUCUUGUUAAGACUUUAUUUCCCUUCGCAACUAUAAAUUUAACAUUUUAUUUUUGAGCAGCCUGUACCUCAGAAGUGGGACCAAGGGGCAUGGAUGCGCAUCAGAACCUGGCUCUGGUUGAAGACGAUCGCGUUCUUCGGAAUCUACUUAUCUGCGAGGAGAAAUGUAUCCCCAAUUGUCGAUACUUCAACGUUGUACAGAAGGAGAUUAAGCCAUACAUGAGGCGCAUGGUAACAACAUGGAUGAGCGAAGUGUGCGAGGAGCAAAAUUGCGAGGAAGAAGUUUUUCCUUUGGCGGUGAACUAUUUAGACCGAUUUUUAUCGGUUGCGCCAAUAGGAAAAUGGAACCUUCAAUUGCUUGGUGCUGUUUGUAUGUUUAUCGCCAGCAAGCUUAGAGAGGAGACACGGCUCUCAGCUGAAACACUGUGCAUUUAUACAGAUAACUCGAUCACUUGUCAAGAAUUGUUGGAUUGGGAAAUUCUAGUUCUCAAAAACCUUAAAUGGGACCUGUCUGCAAUUACUUCCCUUGAUUUUCUGGAAAAGAUCUGUUCCCGACUUUCUCUUCCCAACGUCAGCGUGAUCCGAAGGCGUGCCGCAACUUUCAUCAGUUUGUGCUGUAUAGAUGAGAAGUUUUUUUAUGUAUACGCCGUCCAUGCUGGCUGCAGCCUCCAUUUGUGCCGCUUGUUUUGGACUUGCAACGGCCAAACAAACAAUUAUAUCAAGACCAAUCCUCGUUUCGAUUCUUAAAGAACUUAUCAACGUUGAGCCGAACGUUUUAAUGAAUUGCCAGGAGCAAAUAGAAGAAUCUCUUCAGGUUAAGGUUGAGGAACCUUCAACUUCAAAAUUCCAAAUUAUGCGAAAGCUCGCAUAGUACACCAACAGAUUUACUGGCUAUUAAUGCCUGACAAAGGCAUUAAUAGCCAGUAAAGGAUAGGAUACUAUUUAAGCAAAAUUCAGAGAAGGGAAUAGUUGUUCCGUCAUAGAGCACUGGACUAUUGGACGGUUAGAAGGUUCGAAUCCCGAAACACGGAUCAAUACUCAAAAUCCUUAAAAGUAACUGGGAACUGAGGGUACUGCCUUUGCCCUUUAAAGGUUAAUUGACCUUUACGUGGCUGGGAUGAUCACUUAGUUUUGGGGUUCGUAGUAGAAGAUGAAAAAACACUGUUCACAAUCGUUACGCUCUUGCUAAAUUCAAUGUCACCCUAAUCAAGCGGUUUUUUUAAGUAUUUUUUUAGUAUAUUCUAAAGUACCAUUCAAAGAUAGGAACAACUAUCUCUUUUGAGACGAAUCACAUCACAAGUCAAGCAUGCUUGUUCAGCUCUUAAACAACUCCAGCUUGAUUUGGCUAGUUCCUGAUGUGCGCUCAUAAAACAAAGUGGCAGGUACAUUUUUAAUAAGUGUUGUUUAUAUUUCUCAAGCGUCAUCCAUUUUAUCAGCUGUGUCAUACAGGUAAAACGUUUAUCUACUGGAGGUUUGAGACCGUUUUAACCUUUAUAUACAUGUAACCUUCGUUCUGUUUCUCUUACACAACUUUCAAAAUUGCUGAAACGCAAUGACCGUAUUAAACCGGUGUAUCACCAUGAGGAAUUAAAAGGUUCAUCUCAGAAUCAAAGCAAGCUGACCAGUGUAUUUUAUUUUUGUUAGCAGUUGGAUCUAAUUGGUGGCAGUUCAGAGAAAGGCCAAAAAUCAGAAAGGUGUUUGGAUUCGACAGCAGGUAAGCACUGCUCGAGGGUUUGACAGUUAAAUCAUCAUCAUUAUUUAUCAUUUAUUUAUAUAACGUAGCCUCAAUUAAUGAGUUUUUGUAGAAAAUUUCAAAUACGUAUUUCUUGUAUAACGUUCAUAGAAAAAAGAAAUUUGAGCAAGCUUGAACGAAAACAUAUUAAGUUGCUAAAACUCAAGGUUACGGAUAUUAACAAAAUCAUCUUUUUUUUCCUAUUAUAUUCAGGAGCUGCUUGUUUAGUAAAUAACAACUGCAUAAAAUUAUUUAGUACUGUGUAUUUAACGAAAUACAACUUAAAGAAAAUUACAAGAAAUUAGUAUAUACAUUUAGCCAAGCCUAAAAGGGAAGCUCCCUUAAAAUACUUACUUUAAAGCAUUGCAAACAAAUGCAAAUUUCUUUUUUUUCUGUCAGUUAUAUGUACAAAAUCGGGCCUGUAAAUCGUAGCGUGUAAGUUAGCUCUUAAAUUAUUCAUCACAACAUUUGACUGUAAUGUUUACUCUAUAGCAUUAUUUGUUUGCAACUGACAGAGCUAGGAAAGUAAAAAAGUAAUCACUUUUCUCUCCUGAAAUAUCAUUCAUUCAAAAUCUUUCUCCGGUUCGACUGUUUGUUCCCUCAGUUAAGGUAGCGAGGUAGCGUUAACCAAAGUUAGAAAAUGUUUGCUGAUAAAUUAUCCGGAAAAGGUACAGCAGAAGGCGCGAUAAAUUAGCUGUUUUGGCAAAACUGGAGAAAAUGGUUAAAGAUUUUACACGUAAUGCGAAAAAAAAAAUGCCCGCCUAAAAGUAUACUCAGAAUAGCAAAAAUACAACGUGAUUCAUGACGACUGGUACACACUGUAUUUGAAGAAAAUCUCGAGAAAAUGAAAAUCCUCCCACUGCCUAAAACAAGCAGUUCUAGAGACCCCGACAUACAUCUGUUUAGCAGUUUUCCGUUUUCAUUAAGAUAAUAUAUCAUUAAGCUAUCGUAAACUAUAAUUAACAGUUAAUGAAUGAGGCUGAGUAUCUUAUGAAGAAUUAUGGAGACAACACCCUCCGAGAUCUCCAUAAUUCUUCAUAUGAUACGAAAGCCGAAUUCAAUAACUGUUUUAUUAUUCAUUCAAAAUAAUUCCUAGUUUAAAACAUAGCUAAAACAUGCUUACCUCCAUCGAUCCAUCGAUGUUCAGUCCAUCUUCGAUAGUGUACGUUUAGGUUUGUCCAGCUCCGCAAAUAUUCUCCAAAUAGCAGUUGUCGCCCUUCGGGUUGUUUUCUUGCUGUUCUUGCCAUGUUUUUAGCUAUUUUUUCGCCUAGUUCUUACUCUUGAAACGAGUGAAAUGUCCGCCAUUUUUUCAAGUUCACGCUAAAACAACUCAACCUCGUCCCCAGGUCUUCUCGGUUAACGGUGCCUUAACGUGCGAAAACGCUGCAUUUUUGACGUCAUUUACCCGUUAAAGUGAAAAUUCUUCCAAAUUUGGUCGUCAGUAACUGGUUAUGGUGAAUUAAACGUGUGCUUUUAGCCAAUCAGAAUCGGGGAAAUAUUUUGAAUGAAUAAUAAUACAACUUAAGGACACUGAAAUGUACCAGACUGCUCCAUUCUCAGACAGCAUCGCGAACAGUGCUUUUUACUCUGUCUUGUUAAGACUUUAUUUCCCUUCGCAACUUUAAGUUUAACAUUUUAUUUUUGAGCAGCCUGUACCUCAGAAGUGGGACCAAGGGGCAUGGAUGCGCAUCAGAACCUGGCUCUGGUUGAAGACGAUCGCGUUCUUCGGAAUCUACUUAUCUGCCAGGAGAAAUGUAUCCCCAAUUGUCGAUACUUCAACGUUGUACAGAAGGAGAUUAAGCCAUACAUGAGGCGCAUGGUAACAACAUGGAUGAGUGAAGUUUGCGAGGAGGAAAAUUGCGAGGAAGAAGUUUUUCCUUUGGCAGUGAACUAUUUAGACCGAUUUUUAUCGGUUGUGCCAAUACGAAAAUGCAACCUUCAAUUGCUUGGUGCUGUUUGUAUGUUUAUCGCCAGCAAGCUUAGAGAGGAGACACUGCUGUCAGCUGAAACACUGUGCAUUUAUACAGCUAACUCGAUCACUUGUCAAGAAUUGUUGGAUUGGGAAAUUCUAGUUCUCAAAAACCUUAAAUGGGACCUGUCUGCAAUUACUCCCUAUGAUUUUCUGGAAACGAUCUGUUCCCGACUUUCUCUUCCCAACGUCAGCGUGAUCCGAAGGCGUGCCGCAACUUUCAUCAGUUUGUGCUGUACAGAUGAGAAGUUUUUUAUGUAUACGCCGUCCAUGCUGGCUGCAGCCUCCGUUUGUGCCGCUUGUUUUGGACUUGCGACGGCCAAACAAACAAUUAUAUCAAGACCAAUCCUCGUUUCGAUUCUUAAAGAACUUAUCAACGUUGAGCCGAACGUUUUACUGAAUUGCCAGGAGCAAAUAGAAGAAUCUCUUCAGGUUAAGGUUGAGGAACCUUCAACUUCAAAAUUCCAAAUUAUGCGAAAGCUCGCAUAG